AUGGAUGAGACACUCCGAAGCCAGGCAGAAGCUGACAGCCUCCUCGACAGCCUGGAAAUUAAUUCGGGCUACCAUUCGUGGUUGAACAGCCCGCCCGAAGCGGACAAUCCUUUCCGGCUGCAAGGCAUCAUCAACGACAGGCUGCGUCCAUGUGCAUCAUCCGUAGCAGCUGGGGGCGCGAAACGGGAUCGCCACAGCUUGAGACGUCUCGAAACGUCCAGCAAGGCGCUGUAUCGUGUGCGGGGUGGCGCCUCUGCUGGACGCUGGGCAGGGGGGGCCAAAAUCAUUCUGGAAGUGGUCUGUUCGUUGCCCGACCCCCCACAGAAUGGAAGAUGCCAGGACGGCUUACCCAAUAUGCCAGUACAGAUGAUGGACGAGAAUGUGGCUACUAUCUGUGCUCCGGCUAACAUGUGCCGACUUGUUGGAAACGUGGAAUCGAAAGACAAAGGAAAGAAUGCGAUCUACUCAUCCCAUCGUCCCGCAGCGAGGCUCCGCGACCUGUCUACUCCACCAGCUCCGCAAUCAAGGGUCAGCUGA